AUGUUGCAAGUCAGUAGUGGCAAGCUGCAACUGAAGGAGUUGCUCAGUGAAACACAGCAAAAGGGACCAGGAUGCUCGUCACUGGCGUAUGGAGCAUUACAAGAGCUUGGACCAUUCAGAGUGCACAGCGACGGCAAAACGCUCUUCAGAAACCGAUACGCAUGGAACAAUGCUGCAAACGUGUUGUUCUUAGAAUCCCCAGCAGGAGUGGGAUUCUCUUACACCAACACAACGUCGGAUCUCGAGAAGCCCGGGGACAGGAACACUGCAUCCGAUAACUACAUCUUUUUAGUCAAUUGGCUUGAGAGGUUCCCGGAGUUCAAAGGCAGGGACUUGUACAUUGGCGGUGAGAGCUACGCCGGCCACUAUGUUCCCCAGCUAGCCCAUACUAUCCUUGUCCAUCACCCGAGGAGCUUCCUCAAUCUCAAGGGCAUUUUGAUAGGAAACGCGGUGAUCAACGACGAGACCGACUUGAUGGGCAUGUACGACUUUUUCGAGAGUCACGCUUUGAUCUCCGAGGAUUCUUUGGUCCAACUCAAGAAUAACUGCGAUCUCAAGAUUGAGUCAGCGAGCGUGGUGAUGACCGAGGAGUGCGCGGUGGUGUCGGACCAAAUCGACAUGAAUACAUAUUAUCUAGACAUAUACAACAUAUACGCUCCCUUAUGCCGCAACUCCACGCUCACUCGCAGGCCCAAGAGAGGAACCACUGUACAAAACUUUGACCCGUGCAGCGACAAUUACGUGCAGGCCUACCUGAACAGACACGAGGUUCAGGUAGCCCUGCACGCGAACGGUACGAGGCUGCCUUAUGAAUGGAUGCCAUGCAGCAGUGUGAUAAAGAAGUGGAACGAUAGUCCUACCACAGUCAUUCCUCUGAUCAAGGAGAUGAUGGGGAAGGGCCUCCGCGUGUGGGUGUUCAGCGGGGAUAUGGACGGGAGAAUCCCGGUGACAUCAACCAAAUACUCGCUCAAGAAGAUGAAUCUAACAGCCAAGACGGCUUGGCAUCCGUGGUACCUAGAUGGAGAGGUGGGAGGAUACACUGAGGAGUACAAAGGGAAGUUGACUUUUGCAACCGUGAGAGGGGCUGGUCAUCAAGUUCCUAGCUUCCAGCCAAAACGAUCUCUUUCACUCUUCAUUCACUUCCUCAAUGACACUUCUCUCCCUGACACCUCUCGUUACUGAGUAUUCCUCCAUCCGAUAACU